GGGCGCCACCUCGCUCGUUUUGGCCGCCGCGGGCCUCCGUAGCGGUCGCCCUCUGCGCGCCUGGGCGGCGGUGGGAGGCCGCGCCGCGCGAGCGGGCCGCGCCGGGCCGGAGCGGAGCGGGGGGCGGCGGGGAGGGCGCGGCGGGGGCAGGCGGAGCGGGUGCGCUGCCCGGCGGGGCCCGUGCGCAGCGCGGCGGGGCGGGCGGGCUGGCGGCGCGGGCGGGCGCCGUGCCGCGGGCGGGCGCCAUGAGCGACAUCCGGCACUCGCUGCUGCGGCGCGACGCGCUGAGCGCCGCCAAGGAGGUGCUCUACCACCUCGACAUCUACUUCAGCAGCCAGCUGCAGAGCGCCCCGCUGCCGCUCGUCGACAAGGGCCCCGCCGAGCUGCUCGAGGAGUUCCUCUUCCAGGUGCCCAAGGAGCGCGGCGCCCCGCCCAAGAGAUUAAAUUCACUUCAGGAACUUCAGCUCCUUGAGAUCAUGUGCAAUUAUUUCCAAGAACAAACCAAGGAUUCAGUCCGGCAGAUCAUUUUCUCGUCUCUCUUCAGCCCUCAAGGAAACAAAGCAGAUGACAGCAGGAUGGCUUUGCUGGGAAAGCUGGUUUCCAUGGCAGUUGCCGUGUGCAGAGUUCCUGUUCUGGAGUGUGCUGCCUUCUGGCUGCAGCGUACCCCCGCUGUGUACUGUGUGAGGCUUGCUCGGGCUUUGGUUGAUGACUACUGCAACUUGGUGCCAGGGUCCAUCCAAACAUUGAAACAGAUAUUCAGCGCCAGUCCUCGCUUCUGCUGCCAGUUCAUUACAUCAGUCACAGCUCUGUACGACCUCUCUUCAGAUGACCUCAUCCCUCCUUCGGAUCUGCUCGAGUUGAUUGUUUCCUGGAUCUUUGAAGACCCCCGCUUGAUCCUCAUUACCUUUCUAAACACUCCUAUUGCAGCCAACCUGCCCAUAGGGUUUUUAGAGCUUACCCCACUCACUGGACUGAUCCGUUGGUGUGUGAAGGCCCCCUUGGCUUAUAAAAGGAAGAAGAAAGCCUCUCUCUCCAAUGGACACCCUCCCAGCAAAAUUGCCAAGGACUCGGCUGCAGGAGAUGACAGAGACUGCCAUCAGCUGUAUUCAAAACUGCAUUUAAGUGUCCUGCAGGUUCUUAUGAUGCUUCAGGGGCACUUAACAGAGAAGAACCUCUAUGGGCGCCUGGGGCUAGUACCCUUUGACCACGUGGUUCCACUUGUUGAGGAGAUUAACAGACUCUCUGAUGAACUAAAUCCUCUCAAUGCGUCCAAAGAGAUCGAACUGGCUCUAGACAGACUGGCUCAGGCUUUGCAGGUGGCCAUGGCGUCAGGAGCACUGCUGUGCACCAGAGAUGACUUGAGAACUGUAUGCUCCAGGCUACCACAUAACAACCUGCUCCAGCUGGUGAUUUCGGGUCCAGUACAACAGCCAACCCAUGGCGCUCUGCCACCAGGAUUUUAUCCUCAUAUCCAUACUCCUCCUCUGGGCUAUCCUGCGCAUGCAGCACACCCUGCGUUACCUGCACACCCGGCGCACCCGGCGCUCCCGGCUCACCCCGUACAAACGUUUAUACCGGGAAUGACAUUCCCGUACAGACCUAUUCGCUAAAAAUUAGACUGUAAAAUGUAACCAGUUUCCCUUAGCUUCAGGAAGCCUCGCAGAGGAAACAAAAUGUUCCAGGAACCACAUUCUUCCUCUUCGGUCUAAAGCUGAGCCGUGCCUGCGUUGAGGGAUCAGCCCUUCACGAGCAGCGGAGACGCACACCGGUAGGCUGCACUCGCUUUGAGUGCGCGAUGCAAAUACGAAGGCAGAUCGUAUGGAUGAAAGGAGGGGCCUGGAAACAGGCAACAAAAACUCCAAACCUCUGGAGAGCGUGGAAUUUUUUAACCCACUUUGUUUCGUUUAAUCAACCAAGAAUGUUACAUUUCUUGAACAUGUUUUUUUUUUUUUUUGAGUAGCCCCUGUCUGUUUACUGCAUGGUGAAACCAGAUAAUCUGGCUCUACACGUAAGAGGGCCAGAAGGAAAGCCAUAAGAUUUUCAAGCUAGUCCACUCCAGCCUGUCCAUUUCUCUGUAAAUGUUUGUGUCUAUAGCUACAGAGUAUGUGUACACUGUAUAUUUUUGGAACACAAAUGUUUGCUUCAGAAGCACAAACUAGAGUAAAACAGCACUUCCUAUUAAAGGAAAUUAUUUCAGAAGUGUGAAACAAUUUUGCCCCUUUAUGCUUCAAAUAGGGAUUAGAAGGUCCAGCUUGUUAGGCCUGUGCUAGGGAGGGAGCGUAAUUCCUUUACGGCACAAAUAUCCUUUCAUCCUACAGGCUUUUGAAACGUCCUCUUAACGCACCCCAAUCAGUAAGUUUGGGAAGCUUAGGGGUGAGAUCCGGCAGGUUUAUCUAACGCUAUCUGGCAGAAACGGUCGAAGGCUUCUGCAGCGUGCCAGCCGCUGCUAGGCAAGGCACAGCCGCGCACCGAAGCGUCCUCGGAAACGUGGCAGAACUGCUGGUGUCACUACAGGAAAAUAUGCAGUCCAGCCCCUUUAGUUGAGCUCUUUUCUGUCCUUUUAUCCAUGCUGCGAUUCUCUGAGCCCCUUCUGCAGGGUACAAAAGCAAGGAAGAAGAUCCAUUCUCUGUGUCAGUCACUUAUUACAAAGACUUCAAAUGCCGAUGCGACUUCGGUCGCCUGCUUGCUGCAAUCGCGGGGCAAGUUAGUUGGUGGCUGUGACUUGGAGAGUGUCGUUUGCGUGAAACGGCUGGAAAGGAAUCUGCCUUUCCCUGGAAAGGGAAGGGGAAUCGCUCUGUAGAGCUGAACAGCAAGGAGAACCCUUAAAAACGUGUAGUUUCAGGAUUAGAGUAAUUACUAGUGAGCAUCCAGGAGUGUGAAAAGCUGUCUCAGUGCCUCUUCCCAUGUAUUAUUUUGGGAAACUGCAUGAAGUGGUGAAGAGCAGGUUGUGACACUGAUAUGUUACCGAAUUCCAUGUUGUUUGCCCAGCUUUUGUACUCAAGGAUGGAUCUCUACCUUAAAAUUUUGCAUUUAAUUAAAAACUUUGAUUUUUUUCUUUUGAA